AUGUACGAUGAAAAGCGGCCAAGCAGUCGUAAAGUAAUAAAACUGCUUAAGUGCGUUCCAGCUAAUGAUGCUGAAAACCAAUGUUUGGAUCACUUAAAACGGUACAUUAAGUCUUUACAGGGUCAGUCUUUAACACGGUUUCUUCAAUUCACUACAGGUAGCGACAUUAUUGUAACUGAACAGAUUAAGGUUGAUUUUGUAGCUGCCCAGGGUUUCGCGAGGCGGCCAAUUGCAUAUACCUGUGCGCCUCUGUCAGAGCUACCAAGUACAUAUCAGUGUUAUAAUGACUUAGCUGAGCAGUUUAGUAACAUCUUAGCUGAUAAAUUGUCAUGGGCAUUUGAUAUUGUUUAA